AUUUUGAUUCCAGAAAUGCAGCUACAUGCCUGCAGUGGCUCAAGCCAGAAGCCAGGGUGUGCUAGAGCAUGCCUCCCUGCCGGGCUGGAUCGGACAGCUGGUGCCGGGCCAAGCCUAACCUGCCUCGCCCUCCUUGCAAGAGGGGGUUUGCAGGGGAGGUACAAAGCAUCCUGGGAUGCUGGAGGACUCCCAGGACAACAAAGGCAUCAGAAGUUUUCCCUAAAAAACAUGCUAAUGUUUGACCCAGUCCCGAUCAAGCAAGAAGCCAUGGAACCUGUUUCAGUGUCAUACCCAUCCAAUUACAUGGAUCAAAUUAAGCCAAACAAAUACGGCGUCAUUUAUUCUACACCAAAUAUGUUUCACAAUAAAUUCUAUUCAACCCCAGAAGGACUAGCUAAUGGAAUCCAGAUGGAGCCAGUAGAUCUAACGGUGAACAAACGAAGCUCACCACUUUCAGCUGGAAGUUCUCCUUCCCCACUAAAAUUUCAGACUGUACACAGAAGAGCCUCACCUGGACUAACUCUGUCCUCACCCAGUCCACCUAUGAAAAAAUUCACACCACCACCUCCUGGAGUACAACCAUUUCCCUUACCAUUAACAAUCCCUCCAGUUAUGGCGGCUCUUUCACACCAUGGACUUAGAAGCCCUGGAAUACUCCCAGUUAUACAGCCACUUGUGGUCCAGCCUGUUCCCUUCAUGUAUACUCCUCAUCUCCAGCAACCUCUAAUGAUGCCUACAGUUCUUGCUGAUGAAUUGGAGAAUCCAAGUAGUGUACCAGUGCCUGUAAUUGAAUCUUAUGAAAAACCUCCAUUAAAGAAAACUAUUAAAGUAGAACCAGGAACUGAAUCACCUAGGACUGACUUCUAUCCUGAACAAAUGUCACCUCCAUUGAUGACUUCACUGUCUCCUCCCCAAGUAAUGUUGCAAGAGAAUCACCCUUCAGUUAUAGUGCAGCCUGGGAAGCGGCUUUUACCUGUGGAAUCUCCAGACACACAAAGGAAACGCAGAAUACACAGAUGUGAUUAUGAAGGUUGCAACAAGGUCUACACUAAAAGCUCCCACCUGAAAGCUCACAGAAGAACACAUACAGGUGAAAAGCCAUACAAAUGUACCUGGGAAGGAUGCACGUGGAAGUUUGCUCGUUCUGAUGAACUAACAAGGCAUUUCCGUAAACAUACUGGAAUCAAGCCUUUUCAGUGCCCAGACUGUGACCGUAGCUUCUCACGUUCGGACCAUCUUGCCCUUCACAGGAAACGUCACAUGUUAGUCUGAAUGUCUUUUGUCCUCUGACUCCCAUCACACUUUCUUUUUUUACAUGUGCAUUUUUAAUUUGGAUUCAGCUGGUCUGAAUCUCUGAGUUUAUACCAUUAAAAGCUUCCUUAUGGUCAGUAAUAGAUGUUCUCUAACCCUUCUGUGUUCUUGCCACGGGUCAGACCUAAAGAAUGUGAACACUUUUUUUUUUUUUUCUUCCUUUUUUUCCUCUGGGGGAUGCUAAGCAAACCGUUUCUGCAGACAGUAUGUUUAAUGUAUUCCUUUGUGAAUAAGGGAACUUCAUUGGUUUCUCCAUUUAAUCAACCAGCAUAUAGUGAUAAACUAGUAAAUGCUAUUCAGUAUCCAGAUUGCUAGUCCUUGCCAGAGACUUUAUUUAUGUCCUGUAAAAAAUACUCUCUUUGUAUGCUCAACAAUGCAAUGAAUAGACUUUUCCAACAUUGUUGGUUACACCAUCCUGUUUAACACAACACUUUUAGAAAAGCACCUCUUUGAUGUAGAAAUCCCCUCUGCCUCAAGAGCAAAAGAGCUAAGCAAUAUAUUCUUCUUAAAUCAUGAAAGUUUUAAGUGGUAAAAUUCAUUUAGACCCAGCAGAAAUCAAACUGUACUGAAUACUGUGUUGUAUGUCUGUAUUCUGUUUGUAUUGCAUAAUGCCUUGGCAGAUUCAGCCGGUGAAGACCUUGCAUGAUGCUGGGCACAUCUACACAUGCUAUUAAUGUGCUUGAAUAACUUCCAGCACAGUUUGUGCCAAAGUGUAGUACUCCCAGGCGCAGCAUUUACACAUGUACCUGAGACUGCAGCACAUUGAGCCAGGGUGGCACAGCCUCAGCCAGCAGGGGGCUCAGGAGGUCAGCCUGCCAGACCAGAGCUGAUGCACCCCAGCCCAAUGUGCUGCAGAGGAGCUGGCUGGGGCACAAGUGCUACAGUGUGGGGCUAGCCAGCAGGCAGCCCCUGUACUGUAGUACUCUCAUGCCCUAGCCAACCAGUCACCAUGGACAUGUGAAUUGAUGCAUUAAAUAGCUCUACUGUAGAAUAGUACUUGUCGGGCAAGAACUGCAUCCUGCAACAAAGUUGAUUAGUUUACUGUGGCCUAAUAGUGCCACAUGUGUAGACGGUGACGCUUUACUGCAGAGCUGAGUAGUCAACUCUGUAGUAAAGUGUACAUGUAGAUGAGCCCACUGUAUCUCUGUUUUAUAUGUAGCUGUAUGGAUGGUACACAAUAUAUUCAUCUGUAGCAUAGUAUUACAUGACUUUCGUAGAGGUCUACCAUACCUCAUUUCAGCCAUUAUAGGCAUCUUCCUUUCUAGCCACUCUCGAACAUUUCCUUUCCUCAAAAACUUUUUUUAUUGUAUGCCAAAAGCAGUAAUUGCCAUAUCAAAAUGCUCCAAACCAUAACAUUAUGGGAAGUGAGUGCUAGUUUUGAUAUAUUAUAUACUAUUUAAAAAUAGUUCACAGGAUUUUUAAGACAAAAUGGCAUCCCAUAUGCACCUCCAUUGAGAAACUGAGUAAUGUCUUAGGUGGUAAGAAUAUGCCUGAUAAAACCAUUUAAAGUUACUUUUUUGUAGCUCUUAUCUUUUUUAAGAUGGCUAGAUAAAGAUGUAAAUAUAACUAACACAUUACAUCAUCAAGUCUUAAUUCUGAAGUUAACGAGAAAAAAACAGAUGAAUAUGUAUGUUCAUAAUACAAAUAGAAUAUCCUGAAUUAAAAUGACCCAAUGUGAUGCUAAACAUACUUCAGUCCUUGUAAUGUAUUAACCAGGAUUAAAAAGAAUUUUUCUAUGUUAGUUGGCAGACUUGUGGGCCACCAAAAGAAAGUAGGAUAUAUUUCUCUAAACUAAAAUAUUCCAGAACCACAAAGUUUUUGUUAAUUCCCUGAAAUUUGAAAAAGGUAUUCUCAAUUUUCCUCUUUUACAUGGAAAAGCCUACUAGCAAAGAAAAUACUCAUUGUAUUCUCCAAGAGAACAGUCUGGUCAAGUCUCUGCUGUAUGUUGCCUUCUAUGGAACAAAAAUUGAGAUCGUAAAGAGCAGGUGUUGCUGGUGUCCCUAAACACCAUGGACUCCAAAAAUACACUGGAGUGUGCUGCUGAUCCAGGAGUUUGUGUGCGCGGAGUCUACCUCUGCUUCCUUGGCAGUGUGGCUUCUCCAAAAAGGUAGAAGAACCCCUGUUGCUGACAUCCCAUCUGCCAGUGAAACUGGAGGGGAAGGUCUGCAGUGUAGGUGUAGACCUAUUCACAGACCUUUUAGGGGUGAGUGAAAGAAUAAGAUAAAACCUACAGGUGUCUAAAGAUGAAUUAGGAGUAGUUUCACUUAUUGUGCAAAGAAGUGCUUCUGCCAUAAAAUAUGAAGUAUUGUAUGUGUUCUACAACUAACACUUGAAUACUGAAGUAUAGAAAUCCUUGUGCAUUUUAUCUAAGGCAUAUCUUGUCCUUUUGUGAUGCUGUUUUGUUUUAUAUUCAAGACCUGCAAGUGGGUAAUGGCAAUUUUCAUAGCAGUUCUUGAAAGUUUGUGUAAACUCUGUCUGAGGGAUUAAGACCAUAUUCUGCUGUGUUAUAUGAAUGUUGAUCUGAACUAUCUUUUUUGGAAUAAAAUGAAGGUUAUGCCAGUUUUACACUCAUGAAACGAGAUGGAAAUCUGGGCCUUUAUCCAUUAGAACUGUCCGGUAAAUAUAGUAGUGUUGAAGUGAUGUGGCAGUUGUGAUGGUCCAGAAAAUGAGAGAAGCAGCAAUUUUUGUGGGUGAUAUUUUUUUUUAUUGGACCAAGUGGUCCAGUAAACUGAUUUGGGAUACAUUUAGACAAGCUUUCAGGUAUCACUACUCUUUCUUAGAUCCCAAAGAGAGAAGCAAGUACAGUGGAGCUAAAUAGCUACUUAUUUACCUUUGCAUAGCAGAUCUGUUCAGUUCUGCCAUGCCUGCUUCUCUCCAGAGUCCUAAGGAAGACUACUGUGAUACCUAGAAAGUAGGUCCAGUUAAAAGAUACCACCCACAAAAACCCAUGCAUCUUGCAGGGAUAUACAGACAAUUCUGUUUUCUGUCAGUACGCUGAUCUGUUACUCAUGUAGCCAAAGCCUUCCUGGAUGGAGAAUUAGUAUAACCUAGCAUCAUUUUGGGUUUUUUUGGCAACUCUGCCAUGGAAGAAUUAGAAUUGGUCACUACCCUAGAACUUAAUACCUGUGGAAUUCUCAUUAGCUUUGAUAGCAGAUCAUUUUAUGCAACUCCUACGGGUGCAGUUUCUUAGGCUGUACCCUUAAUAUACUGUAUAACACAAGUGUACCAACAAAUUUCGUAUCCUGGAAAUGAAAAAAAAACAAUUCUAUAAUGGACAAGGCAGGUGACAGGCAUUUUAUUUCCAUUUCUGCUUUCAAUGUAAUUUUAAACGCAUCACAUUUUGGAUUUUUAAAAAUAACAUUUAUUUCUAGUGCUGCUAGUUUCUUUUCCUUUUUCUUUCUUUUUUUUUCUUUCAUAAAGAUUUUCUUUAAAUAUUUGCAUGGUUUUCUAAGUACAGAACUGGGUCCAGAUGACCUGCUUGAACGAUUUAUUUGAUGUUAGAUCUACUCCAACAGCAUUUUUAUCCCCAACAUUUAGCUUAUCAACCAUGUUCAUUUAUUAAUCUAUUUACCCUCCGUUUUUUUUAAAUGUUUAAGAUGAACAGUGGGGAUAGGAGCAGAGAUGCAAUAUAAUUUAAAAUGCCUUGACUACAUACUUAAUGAUAUAGGACAUUUAACAAGAACAGUUUAAAUUUAAGCAUUAAAUAAAAAUCUUAAGUUCCUACAAAUAUCUUUAUAGGAUUUUUCUCUUUAUGUAUAUGGUGUCAUUUUGUAAGAAGUCAAAAAAGAUUGCAAACAAGUAAGGUGUUUUUUCCUUCAUUUUAAAAUGUGAAUCCACAUCUUAAAUGGGGCAUUAACUGUUUUUAAUGAACUUGGUUUGAGGGGUACUUUGAAAAUAUAUGGAUGGAACUAAGGAAAUGACUAAAAGGAAAACAAGCCAGUCCUGUCGUCAUCCACCUACAUGGAUGCAGGAUCAGGUGUAAAAUGUAAAAAAACUAAUCCUGCAGCAGAGUUACGUGUAUAUUUAAAAUAAAUCCUGGUUUACUAGCACUAUUGCACUGUAUAGUAUGUAGCUUGAGAAUAUUGUUUUACUAAUAUUGUGCCUGUAUUCACCAUUAAACAUAAUUAUAAUGGGUUACUUAUUUCCGAGACAAUCCUUCGGAGUUCAACAGGUAUUUCAGCAACGUGGUUUUAUUUAAAUAUACACUGUAGUUCUGUAGUGACCUCUCUAAUGCCACAAGCUUGUCUAAAUAUGUUGUUGGCUUUUGUCUCUGUUUUUGUCUCUGUCAAGGGUAGCAACUUGUAAAUGAAUGCAAAUCCUUUCUGUAAAGAAAAAUAAUUACAAGGAAUUUUACAUGUAUUAAGAGGGCUACAACAACUUUCAAUAUGUUUUACAGAUAUUAGCACUUUUCUGCUAUUUAUGUACUUUAAAUGUUAGAGGGUCAAAAUAAUCUUUCUCCUUAGCAUCUCUUAAAAUAUCACCUGCAAAUAUAGCAGGGAUAUUACAUUUACUUUAAUACUUGUAUAAACUAUGCAGAAAUUUUUUAAUAGAAUGUAAUAUAUUUUAUAAGCUAAUAAGACUGGGUAAUUAAAGGUUUCUAGCAUGCAUUACUAUACCUUGCAAAUACUGAGACAUUUUGGUAAUCUUUCUUACUAAAGAUGUGAAUGUUUAAUGUACUUUCACUGUUUCUACUUUGGUAGUCCAAUGGGAACUCAGUAAUGACAUUUUGUCAUGUCAAACUGUGAACUUAAAUUUGUACUGUACAGGCCUCAUACAAUAUGCCAUAUACAAUAUAUAUGUAUUAUACUUGUUAAUAAAACCAUCAGAAUAUUAA